AUGGGUGAGUUCGUGCGGUGGAGGGACCACUCCAUCACGUGUCGUGUUGUGGUCUUAUGUGCCACAAUUGGACGGUCUGCCCUCGCUCUCUCCACUACCACCACCAUCUUCAGCAUGCCCGGUAACUUCGAAAGCCUUGCUGUCGAAAUACAGGAUCUCAUCCUCGAGAAUCUCGCUGGGGACCAAGCAUCAUUGUAUCAUUGCCUUUUUCUAACGCGUACUACUCGUCGCAUCGCAGAACGCAUCCUCUACCGUCACGUCACCCUCACCGCCACUCGCCAGUGCCUUAUGUCGUUCGCUAACUUCGUUGAAGCAUCUGCUGCGUCAUCUGCCCCCCUCAAUAAAUACGUGAAACGGCUCACCAUCGUCUGUCCUUACGACAUGCACACGACGCGUAAAGCGUGCUGGCAUCUUCGACGCGUCCUUCGCCAACUUCCGCGACUGGAGCACUUUGAGCUAGUCGACGACGAAGGAUGCGAUAGAGAACCCGACUGGCUGGACCGAAUUAACUUCCUCAGGGAAAUCACUAUACCUUUGCGCAGAUUCUCGUGGGGGAGGCUCAUUCGUCUGGAUAGUAGGGACAGAGUGUCUCAAUUCCUCAACAAGAUGCCUUCAAUCGAGUAUCUCGAGCUCACAAAGAUGGAGCCUUCGUCCAAGCUGAAACUUGCCGACGACUCGCUCCCGCGGCUUAAAUUCCUUAGCAGUUCAUCAACCCUCGCCACAGAGCUCGUCUUGACUAGGAAUAUCGAAUACUUGGAUACUUUCGGGCUCAAUAUCGACGCAAUUCAAGAGGAAAUCCCACGCGCGAACCAUGCAUUGAGGGCACUCUCCCUUCACGAUAUUCGCACCUUCCCCCAGUACAUCGAUUGCCUUCCCAACCUCCGAUGCCUCCAUCUCCACUCAGCAGACAGAGAUAUCCUUGAACCCGGAUUUAUCACCGCGUUGAAUGCCCAGAAAAUCAAGCAUAUCAGGGCCUGGUUUACCUGCGAGGACGAAGAAAGUGUGGUCCUUGAGCUGUUCGAGGCUGUCCCCUCUUUGCGUGUUGUUGAGAAAGAGGUACUCGAUGAGGCCGUGGAUAUCAAUGUAAAGACCUUUGAGCGAUGGGAAAGGGAGGGAAAUCGUUCCGUCGGGAAAAGAUCAUAUACCCAAGGAGAAGAAUGGCACUCUGGUUGGGAAAUGGAGGAGCGCGUGGAUGUUUGA